AUGCCAGACUCUCCUAUCAAAACUGUCUGGGGACUCCAUACACUGGAGUCCGCCGAACGCUUCAUCACUUCAGAAAAUGCGUCAACGAAACUUUCUCUCCAAAACUAUGUCUCCAAUGAAUUCGAUACCUCUUCGGCAGCGAAUUACGUUGAUUCUAUAAAUCCCAAGACCGGCAAAUCCUUUGCCAAGGUUCCGAUCAGUAGCAUCGCUCAGGUUGACCAUGCGCUGCAGGCUGCUACUGACGCGUUCAGAACAUGGUCUAAAACCACAGCAGUCUUCAGGUCCAAGCUGCUUGAGCGCGUGGCGUGUUUGAUAGAAGAGAAAAAGGAGCUGCUUGCUGUUUGGGAGAGCAUAGAUCAGGGCAAAACUCUGGCCCGGGCGAGAGUUGAAGUAGAUCGGGCUGCGACAAACUUCAGAUAUUUCUCAACUUUCAUUCUGCACCAAGAGAACGCCGUCAGGAUGAUCGAUGGCGUCGCUCUCACCUACGAGCACCGCUCACCAACUGGCGUGUUUGCGCUCAUCUCUCCUUGGAAUAUGCCCUUGUACCUGCUGACCUGGAAGAUCGCACCGUGUCUUGCCUUUGGUUGCACAGCAGUCGCCAAACCUUCAGAGUUCACAUCCAUGUCUGCAUUCCUGCUCUGCGAGAUAUUUCGGCUUGCAGAGAUUCCACCUGGUGUUAUCAACAUAGUCUUUGGCGACGGAGCUACUACAGGUUCUCGACUUGUGCAGAGCCCGCUUGUCAAGGGCGUCUCUUUCACUGGAAGUACAGCGACGGGAAUCAAGAUCCGCAGAGAUACGGCGGAUCAGAUCUACAAGCAUAUUUCCCUCGAGUUGGGUGGCAAGAACCCAACUUUGGUGUUUGAUGACGUGGAUCUCGACAAAGCAGUCCAAACAGCAGCAACAGCGGCGUUUGAGAACCAGGGAGAGAUCUGCUUAUGCGGUUCUCGAAUCUACGUACAGUCCAGUAUCUACGAUUCAUUCGUCGCUUCAAUCAAAGCUUACGUCGAGGCAAAUUACAAAUGUGGCGACCGCAUGGGUGCCGUGGCCUCAUUACAGCAUUAUAACAAGAUCGUAUCAUAUCUCGCGUUGGCAAAAGAGGAGAAUGCCACUUUCAUGACAGGAUCUGUGCCGCCCCUCGAGCCCAGCAACGGCUACUGGGUAGAGCCAGUGAUCUUAACCGACGUCAGCGCAUCGUCACGAAUCAUGCAAGACGAAAUAUUCGGCCCCGUCGUUACCGUCACCAGGUUUGAAACCGAAGAAGAGUGUGUCCAGCUGGCGAAUGAUAGUGCAUAUGGACUUGCUGCCGUUCUCUUGACAAAGGAUGAUGCCAAUUUCCACGCCCAGAAGCCAUAUCGGGACGGCGCACCAGACUUGGUUACGACUUCAAGAACAUUUUCACAUCUCCAUACAAUGGCAGUUGACACGCUGACAAUGACGACCCAGUGCAAAGGGUGCAGUAAUGGCAUCAAACCUGGAGGCAGGCACUCAUCUGGGAUGACCGACAAUAAAUUCUAUCGCAUCGAUCUACAUACACAUGUCAUGCCACGGACCUUACCACGGCUAUCUGAUCCUGAAGAAAAUGGAACUCAAUCAAAAUCAUGGAUCGAACUGAAGCCGUCGCCAGUGGAUGGAGAAUCAGUUGAUAUAUACGUCGAUUGCAAACAUUUCAGAACCGUCCAAGACAACUGUUUCGACCCGAAAGUCCGCCUAAGGGACAUGGACCAGUCUGGUGUCCACGUCCAGGUGUUGAGCACAGUUCCGAUCCUGUUUUUCUACGACAAGCCAGGCAAAAUGGUCGCCCAACUGGCCCGGGCACUGAAUGAUCACCUGUCACAGGUGUGCACAGAAUACCCGACUCGAUUUGUUGGCCUUGCGACGGUUCCCCUUCAAGACGUGAAAGCAUCUGUUGAGGAGCUGAAGAGAGCAAAAUACGACCUCGGACUAAAGGGCGUUGAGAUCGGAACGACAAUUGGUGAAAUGAACCUUGACGACCCUAGGUUGGACCCUUUUUGGGCUGCCUGCCAAGAGUUAGAUAUGCCAGUCUUUGUCCAUCCGCUGGGCUACUCUCUGCUCAAAGAGAAUGAACAUCGUUGGGGUCUCCUGCUGCGAUACCCCCGAUUGCGUUUCUGCUUCGCUCACGCAGGAGGAGCAUUCCCAACUCUUAUGGGAAGAAUCGAACACGGAUACAAUUGCAGGCCAGACUUGGUCGCUUCCAGAGCUGGAGGCCGAAGUCCCUCAGACCACCUUAGCUCGGGUGACAAUCUCUGGAUAGACAGCCUAGUCCAUGACCCGGAUCUCCUAGCAUAUCUCUGCAAGAAGAUAAGAGUGGAUCGCAUUCUCAUGGGAAGCGACUAUCCUUUCCCUCUUGGCGAAGUCCCUGAAGCCGGCAAGAUGUUGACAUCUGAUGGAUCAUUGUCUGAUUUUCUUUCAAUGAAACAACGUGCAAUGAUUUUAGCGGGGAAUGCCAUCGACUUUUUGAAGUUGGAUGAAAGAUUCCAGAAUGCAUAUGAAGAUAGCUUGAGAGACUUAUUAAACCGAGCUGGUGCCGGUUUGGCUAAUUAA